GUCUUUGAAAUCAAAAUAUGAUAAUUCAUGGCUAUUUGGAGCUCCCACAAUUUACCUUAUCUCAGCAUGGACGGCCGAAGUAUUGCUAGCAGUGUGAGGGGUUCUCAUUAGCAGUGAUCCCCAAUCUAUAUUCGUGCCUAUUUUGAAGCCGUUUCUCGGAUCAUUGCCGAACGAGACGCGGAGAACCAGAGCAGGAAAGUCAGCGAGUUCGACAGACAGCUAUGUAAAUAUAGACUUUGGCAACAUGGGCACGGUCAUGGUCCCAGGGCUGAGCCUGCGGCACAUCCCGGUUUUGAUGGGCGGUGGUCUGCCAUUUGGAGGUACUUGCUGCCAAUCGCUAAACGGCGUCAAACCCGGCAUCGCCGCACGCUGUGUCGCUGGCCAGCGCUGGAGGUUACAUCGCCCACAUCGCCCACAUCGCGCGCUGCAGUGGAUUGCAGCUUCGUUCAAGUUCCACCCCUCGUGCUGCUGCGUUUGGCGGGCACUCCCGUGAUAUUUCACUGUUUCACUACACUCUGGUGGGUAGUGUAUAAUGAUAGACAGGAAGCAGGUGACGGAAUAAAACCGCGCGUUAGGCCAUAGGGCACCCUCCCAUGCUGCCUUGUGUUUUGGCUGCUUCCCUCAGGUUCCUUAUCUCCCGCCUGUUGUCUGCUAUCGCAGCCGGUGUUUCGUCUUGUGCCGACCUGCGCCUCUCUGCCGCCAUCCUUCCUUCAAUUCUGUCGCGCCUGCUCCUUUUCACCAGAGACUGUCCCAGGUCCUUGCCGCGACGGCUCUGUGCAACUGCCAUGCAAACCGAAGCCUGAAAUCGCUUGUCGUUGGUCGACUCAUCCUUUUCCCAACCUCUCCAAGUCCGCCGUCUUUCAGCGGCCACCUCGAGCCGAGAUUGAUCAGCACCACAGCAUCAGCGAGGACCGCGGCGUCCUCCAACAAUUUGCUUUCUCGCUUGUCACCACUCGGAUACGCAGUACCUAGACAUAACCAUGGAUUCUAGCCCACAGAAAGAUGACGCCUCGGCGACCGACCAAUCCCCAACAGACACCCGCCGCCCAUCACGGUACGAGUCCAUCACCGGUCAAGACGAUCGCAUGGAUGAGAGCUUCCAGUCGACGGAUACUGUGCGGAGAAAGCCAGAAGACUCAACCAUGCAAAGCCCGAACCUGGCCAGCGGCGCAUUUACAGACCCGGGCCAGUCCAGUCGAACCACAUCAGUCACCGUACGCUCGCCAUUGCUAGGCCCGCGAACACGCCCACGAAAACCCGCCAUGCCGCGUCGUACAUCGACGACAGCCCAGGCACCGCACCGAGGAGGUGUGUACUCGGUUGACGACGGUAUCGCCGAGGUCGAGGCGGAUGCUGUCGAGCGCCAGCACAGCUAUGCCACCUCUGUUCGGAGACGCACCCAUGCUCCACCGUCGCUCUCGCGAGUCCAUUCCAGGGACGAGGAUGGCCCCAGCGAAUGGCCCGAAGAACAGCACGAACAAGGCAGCACGGUGCCGGGGGUCGACAACGGUGAGCAGCGUUUGGACGAGCAGGUUUCGGACGAGACUCCGGCCGAGGAUGACGGCGAAAUCAGCGACGCCGAAAGCUUCACCCUCAAGGACCGCCAACAAGCGAUUAACCAAACCCAUCCGUUUGGCAUCAGGCUAUGGAAACCAGCUCUGUACAAGAAGGAUCGUUCGGUGCAAAAGAACGCCGAGGCAGACGUGCAUUCGUCGCCGGGUGGGCACGUUAGCAGCUGGCUACUGUUCUUCGACAUCAUAUGGACCCUCGCCUUUGGUUGGUGGAUGGCUCUGUUCGCCUUUGUCGGCGCCGUCAUCUGCUUCUGCUUUGCUGCUGCCCCCAGCGGCCGGGAGUACGGCCGUGUCUUAUGGGGUCUGGCAGGGUAUUUGUUUUACCCCUUUGGCAAGUUUGUGCGUCUGGAGCAGCAGGAGGCUUACCUGGAGGAAGACUUGGGCGAAGGCAGGAGCAUCAGCGAGUAUGAGCAAUGGCAAAGCGGCGACCUCGAGUAUGGCCGGCUCUUCUUUGGCCCGGACAGCAACCGCUCCAUCAUUGGCCGAUCCCGCAGGAGUCUUGAUUCGGAACCGGACGAGACGGAGAGCCUUUUGUCGAGGGGCCGUGGGCGAGGUUCGAAUUCUGAUCUGCCACGGAUGAAGCGACGCUUGUUUGGCCGUGGUCAGUGGAACAUCGGUCGUGUCGUCUUCUUCCUUUUCUUUUACUUCCUGAUCACGCCCUCUCUGUUCAUCGUGUCGGCUAUCUGCUGGUUUUUGGUGUUUUGGAUUCCCAUGGGCAAGGUCACAAUGCUCUUGUUUUCGCAUCUCCGCCGCCAUCCACUAGCACUGUCCUUCGAGUCCGAUAUGGCCUCUGCCAGAGCACCGGCUGGUCUCCAGUCUUCGAUUCUGGUCUGCACCUAUCGAGCUGUCGGCCUCAAAUAUUGGAAAUACACGAUUGACGGAACGAACAUCUUUCUGAUCAACCUCUUGGCCGUGGUCGGUUUUGUCGUUGUGGACUGGCUUGUGUUACAUCAGGCCCUGGGCGUCCACAACUUCUUCACCUCGUCGGCCUUCUUGUUCAUUUCCGGCCUGCUGUCCAUCAUUCCCCUUGCCUACUUUAUUGGCCAGGCUGUCGCAUCCAUCUCGGCCCAGUCCUCCAUGGGUCUUGGUGCUGCCAUCAACGCCUUCUUCUCCACCAUUGUCGAGGUCUUUCUCUACUGCGUGGCUCUGCGCCAGGGCAAAGCUCAGCUCGUAGAAGGCAGCAUUGUUGGCAGCAUCUUUGCCGGCAUCCUAUUCCUCCCCGGUCUUUCCAUGUGCUGCGGAGCCAUCAAGCGCAAAACCCAGCGCUUCAACUCGAGAUCGGCCGGCGUGACAUCGACCAUGCUCCUCUUUGCCGUCAUCGCCGCGUUUGGCCCGACUCUGUUUUACCAAAUCUACGGAACCCACGAACUGACCUGCCAGGACUGCACCAACUUUGACCACCCUAACCGGGGCGGCGGUGUUCUUCGGGACUGCCGCCGUUGUUACUUUUCGCAGACGCCUGCUAUUAAUGAUCGUUUCUAUCUCCAGGCGGUGCGUCCCUACUGCUACCUUGCCGCGGGCAUGUUAUUCUUGUCAUACGCUAUUGGCCUAUGGUUUACACUCCGCACGCACGCCGCCGUCAUCUGGAACACUGACGUGGACGAGAAGAAGCACGAGGAUCAGCCCACUGCCCAUAGCACAACCAGGCCAUCACACACCAUGUCUGUCGGCGACGCCAGCGGUGCCGACAUUCGCGACUCCCAUUUGUACAAGCGCAUUCUCGGUCAAUCCCUGCGUCAGGUCGGGCAUAUCCCCAAGCUGGAUGAGCAGUCUCGCAACAGCUCAACCUUGUCGGCAGGCAAGCCCAAUGGAACUCCGCAUGUCGUCCCUCCCAAAUCCACCAGCUACGGAACGGAAACGCUGGGGACUAACAUGAAUAUCCCGGGAUUCAGUGAUGCCGAGAAUAACAACCUCGUCCAUCAGGUGGCAGAGAUUGCCGCCACCGCGGCAACAGUGGCGGCGAGAAAUGUGCAGAGGCCCCGACAGAUGUCUCAUCAUGCCUCUACCGUUUCGGCCACUGGUCAUGGAUCUGCUUCUGGAAGCCGUUCGGGCGCCUCUCGUCCCACUACAGUCUCGAUUGGCGAGGAUCUUGGGGAGUCUGGCCCGGGAUCGGGUGGCCACGGCGGUCAUGACGCGCCCAAUUGGAGCCGUCUGAAGAGUUCCGUCAUUUUGAUGGGUGCCACGGUUCUCUACGCCAUUGUUGCCGAGAUCUUGGUCGACACAGUGGAUGUUGUUCUGGAAAAUUUUGAGAUUGACGAAAAGUUCCUCGGGAUCACGCUUUUUGCCCUUGUGCCCAACACCACUGAGUUCCUGAACGCCAUUUCGUUUGCCAUGAACGGCAACAUUGCCCUGUCCAUGGAGAUUGGUUCCGCCUACGCCCUCCAGGUCUGCCUCCUGCAGAUUCCGGCACUCGUCUUGUUUUCAGCCCUCUAUCCUCCCGUCGGCGUUCCCAUGGAGGAUGUCGCCAAGUUCACCUUCAGUCUGCUUUUCCCGCAGUGGGACAUGGUGACGGUGAUCCUGUGCGUCUUCUUGCUCAGUUACAUGUACGGCGAAGGAAAGAGCAAUUACUUCAAGGGCAGCAUCCUGUUGCUCAGCUAUCUGGUGGUGAUCAUCGGCUUCUACUUUAGCGGCUAUGGAACUAGUUUUGAGAGCCCGCAGAGCACUGUCAGUCGAUUCGACACAAUGGGUAGUGACGGUCAGUGGAUGAGCUACAAGUACAAGACGGUCGGAAGGAGUACGUCUGGUGUGGCUUUUUGAUGUUCUGUAUCCCUCUGCUCUCGACGCGCAACAUCGGAUUUCAUCUUUAACACUGCAUAUGCUAACAUGGCCUCACAACAGAGGGCAUCACAGCACAACAGCCUUGAUUAUUCACAAUACCCUCUCUCUGAAAUACAGUUCAGCGUCUACCUUUUGUUUCUUUUUUAUUUCCUUUUUCUUGAUGCUCAUUAUCACUGGUAUGAGGACGUCCGGGCGGGGAGUUGGGGCGUUGUGUAUUGUUCGGCAAGAUUGUACUUAGAAUGACGGGCGGGCAUGAGAAUUACAAGACAUGUCCAACAACAAAAUGGUGUAUGCAGGAAGGGGAGGAGGCAGGCCGGUUUAUCGGUGAGGAGGUACGGCAGUUAACCUAGUGAGGAGAGAAUAAUGUGACUACCUACGAAUAUAACAUUCACGAGAGACUCGUGUCCGGUGCAUGAUAACCAUCGUAAAGAUGGAUGGCUUUUCAUUGGUGGGAACGUUGCGAUGCAGUGUUCUCCUAGUCAUUGCCGUCGGCCGGCAGUUGGGGAAGCUCAGCCACAUCCGUUGUAGCAUUCGAUCCUUUUUGCUACGGCUUUUGAUCAAGUGCCAUGGUUUCAUUCAAUCUGGGGUCAAAAUCGAGAGCUACGAUUGGCUGCAAUACUGCUUGGUGUAGGUAUCACAUUAAUGGCCAUAUCACUCCGCACACCGUUUGGCUAUGCCCUCAUAAUUGAUGGGGAGGGUGAGUGUCCAGUCGAAGCGAAAUGGCAGCUUUGACAACCAAGUGCCACAGGGGCGCUCAAUCAGAGGCACAAAAAUGUUUAUCAACAGGGUGAGAUAUAAUUUAAUCGAUUUUAUUCUUGGUUUUCUAUAGCUGCUCUAUCACCGCUUCUCAACACUAGAACUAUCAUCUGGCCCCGUCAGUCACUCCGCGGGCCAUUAGCGGACAAAUCUAUGGCCUCCUCCC